GGUCUUGAGCUGAAUACUUUCGAUCUUUGGCGAGGGAUGCCGCUCGACUCGAACCGCACUCUUCAUGCUUGGAUGAAGGAGUACAAACAGAAAAAGAACAAAGAUAAAAUGCCAACCGAGCCAGAGAAACGUGGUCUGCUUGGGUUUACCGAUGUUGAGGCAGAACACCCCAAGUUGUACAUCCGGAGGCUGUGGCUUGUCGCAGAGAACGACCGCAAACCAUUCCCCGUGUUCUUGGACCCGCAAGUUCAGGAGCUUGCAACGCAGGUAAACGAGGUGGUCAACACGUUCGUGAAGGACGAGGACAUGCGGCAUGAAGAGCUGUGUGGCGGCGCGUUUCUCGAAAAGGACGCUGCACAUAUACUCGAUGACCUAGGCUUCGGGUCGCGCAUCUGGGGCGACGGUUCUGGGGCUGAGAUACGACUCGGGAGCAAUCUGCCAGGGUCGCGCCCUCGGUGGGGUGUCUACACAAACUCUGGACACCAGAGCAACGAUGAAGACAGGUAA